AUGGGCGAAAGUUUCGACCUGGAUUACCGCCUUGGAGAACGGCUCGGCAGCGGUCAGUUUGGCACGGUAUAUAAAUGCGUCUCUGUCUCCACCAGCGAGAAUUUCGCAGUGAAAAUAAUCGAUAAGUUCUCCGGUUGCUUCGACCGCCGCUUCGUCUACUCCGAGAUCAAGAUAACGCUUCUCGCGGCUUCCAAGAACCAACGUUCGGUCCAAAUCCACCAAGUCUAUGAAGAUAUCACCGCCGUUUAUCUCAUCCUCGAUCUCUGCCCUGGACCAGAUCUUUUUGACCGCAUUGCUAGCCACGGUUCCUUCUACGAGAACGAGGCUGCUGUCAUUAUCACCGAAUUGGUUGAAGCUAUUGCAGAAUGCCACCGCCGCGGCAUCGCACACCGCGACAUAAAGCCAGAAAACAUAUUGUUCGGCUCCAACGGCCGUCUGCUUCUGGCUGAUUUUGGUUGCGCAGCACUGUUCGAGAAGGGAGAAAGAAGUUUAAAGGGAAAAGUGGGAACUGCUGCUUAUGCGGCUCCGGAAGUACUAGCGGACCAAAAUUACGACGAGAAGGUGGAUGUGUGGAGUGCUGGAGUCGUCCUAUACUUGUUGUUGGGUUGGACAUUACCGUUUAAUGGUGAAACUGUGGUAGAGAUAGAGGCUGCUGUGAAGAAAGGAGAUCCAAUUUGCUUCCCCAAGGAAUUCUUUCCCGACUUAUCACGUGAAGCCGAGGAUCUGAUAGAACAAAUGCUUGCUAGAGAUCCAGCGAAGAGGCUCUCAGCAGAGCAAGUGCUGAGGCAUCCAUGGAUCACGGAAAUGUCAAAGACAUGGGCCAAAAGUAGUGAGCAUUACUUGAGCAAAAAUUUAGACAAGGAAGAGAAGAGAGAACCUGUUGGCCAUAAGAAUCUUGAUCGAAGGAUGUUCUCAGGUUUCAAGUCUCUGGCAUUGCUUUACUUUUCAUGA